AUGGAGAGUGAAGAUAAAAAGUUCGGAGAGGAACACAAGUCUGAGAGUGAAUCAAAUGAAGAAUCCAUAGUAGCUGGUGUUGGUGCGGGAAGAAACGGAGGGAACAAGAGUGACUCGGAUGAAGAAUCCGCAGUCGUCGGCGUUGGUGCUGGACGAAAGGGGAAAAACAAAAAAUCCUCUUCUUCUUCUUCUUCAUCUAAGAAAAACAAGUCGCCUGCAAAAGCAUCGACAAAGAGAUUUACUAAAGAAGACGAGGAAUGGGCAAAGGAUCUUCCAUCUGAUUUUACCACGAAUUGCAAAGAUUGGUUCCAAUACCUAAGUGGUGCUAUUAAACAAGGAAAACUAAGUGUUUGCUGGGCAGUGGCUAUUGCUAGAUGUGUACAAGCUUCAUUUGCUAUAAGGGGUAUUAAAGUAGAGCUUUCUCCUCAACAUUUGAUAAACAACAUCACUGGCAAGAGUAAAGAGGGAGAUAUAAUCAAAUUCGAGGAGCUCUCCGACUACUUGAAGAACCAAGGUCUUGUCCUAGAAGAAGUGUGCAAAUUCUCGGGGAGCAUAAAGGCAACUUGCCCUAAAGAAUGCUCCAAACAAACUUCAGAUGACUCCUUUUACAAGAUCAAGGAAUUUAAUGUGAUCACCAAAAAGGAUGUCAAGGAAGAAGACUUGCUUAAGCUAGUAUAUCAGCGUCCUAUAGUUGGUGAGCACUAUUGGCUCAUCCAAAACUCUUAUGGUGAAGCCUGGGGAGAAAAAGGCAUUGGAAAGAUUAUAAGGAAGUGUAGCCUGAAAAAUGGAGAGUCCUCUUUGUUUGUCGGUGCUAUCGACAUUGUGAUUUGCAUGAAGCCUAGCUCAACUUCUGCUCGGUCCGGAGGAGAGAGGGAGAAAGUUGUUGAUUCAAGAAAGUGA